CCUCCAAUUCUUUAGUUCCCAAAUUUAUCCAAUUUCCCAACCCCUCUUAUUAUUAUUAUAUGCCUAAACCUCAUUUUGAUCUUCAAUUCAAUUCAUAUUUCUUUUCCUCUUUUCUUUUUUUCUCUCUGUAAAUUUGUACUAUAAUUUGUUUGUUGUACAAUUUCGUUUCCUGUACCAAAUUGAUUGAAUUUGUUUAAUGGAACUGUCAUGUUCGCCGCCGCUCUCAGUCAAUUCCUUGUUGAAUUCCGGCCCGCUCCGCCGUGGUUCUGCAUCUGAGACCUACCGCAGAUGCCAAAAGGUUGUGUGGUUUGCCCCAAAUUGUUCGCCGUCUUCUUCCUAUGCUACGGUUCCGAUCAAUGGUUGUAGCAGCAGCUGCAGCAGUAGCAGUUCGUCCUAUUUUGGACUUUCGCUUGCUCAACAUCGCGACGUGUGCCGGAACAAUUUAGUUCGUGUUAAGAAAUCGAGACGCUCGUUUUUCGUGGUGUCUGGAAUUUUCGAGAGGUUCACGGAGAGAGCGAUCAAGGCGGUGAUGUUUUCGCAGAGAGAAGCUAAGGUUUUAGGCAAAGACAUGGUGUUCACGCAGCACCUACUGCUGGGACUCGUCGCGGAGGAUCGUGCUCCUGGCGGAUUCUUGGGAUCCGGUAUCACUAUUGAUGCUGCGCGAGACGCUGUAAAGAGUUUGUGGCAGGAAGAUCGUCAGAACGAAGAAAAUGGUGAGAGUCCGCAGCAGUCGGAGACUUCGGCGACGGAUGUGCCGUUUUCUGCUAGCACGAAGCGUGUUUUUGAGGCUGCCGUUGAGUAUUCGAGGACUAUGGGGUAUAAUUACAUAGCGCCGGAGCAUAUAGCCAUUGGCCUGUUUACAGUUGAUGAUGGCAGUGCUAGUCGUGUGUUCAAGAGAUUAGGGGCAAAUGUGAAUCAUUUGGCCGCCGUUGCAGUCUCCAGACUUCAAGGUGAGCUUGCUAAGGAGGGAAGAGAACCAGCUUCCACAACAUUCAAGAGGUCACCUGAGAACAUCUUUCCUGAGAAAGUCACCCAUGCUAGAUCCCCAGAAAAAGCAGGAGAGAGAAAAGCCCUCGACCUUUUCUGUGUGGAUCUCACUGCCCGGGCUAGCAAUGGAUCCAUUGAUCCUGUAAUUGGUCGCGACAAUGAAGUACAGAGGAUCGUUCAGAUUCUUUGCCGGAGGACCAAGAGCAAUCCCAUCCUUCUUGGUGAAGCUGGGGUUGGAAAGACAGCAAUUGCAGAAGGGCUGGCUAUAAGUAUUGCUGAUGGAAAUGUUCCCUCCUUUCUCAUGAAAAAGCGGAUAUUGGCCCUAGACGUAGGUCUACUUAUAGCAGGUGCGAAGGAGAGGGGUGAGUUGGAGGGACGUGUGACCAUGUUGAUAAAGGAGAUAAAGAAGUCAGGCAAUAUAAUUCUCUUCAUUGAUGAGGUUCACACACUCAUUGGCUCCGGCACAGUUGGCCGAGGAAAUAAGGGAUCUGGUCUGGACAUAGCCAAUCUACUGAAGCCAUCACUUGGACGGGGUGAAUUGCAGUGUAUUGCGUCUACCACUAUGGAUGAAUUCCGGUCGCAUUUUGAGAAGGAUAAAGCAUUGGCCAGAAGAUUUCAACCUGUUCUGAUUAGUGAACCAACGGAGCAAGAUGCAGUUCAGAUACUGUUAGGUGUGCGAGAAAAGUACGAAUCUCAUCACAAAUGUGUUUACACUCUUGAGGCCAUAAAUGCUGCUGUACAGCUGUCGGCAAGAUAUAUUCCAGAUCGAUAUCUUCCUGAUAAAGCUAUUGAUCUAAUAGAUGAGGCAGGCAGUAGAGCUCGUAUGGAAGCAUCUAAGAGGAAAAAGGAAAAACAAACUUCAGUACUUUCUAAGUCACCAAGUGAUUAUUGGCAAGAAAUUAGAGCUGUGCAGGCGAGGCAUGAAGCGUCACUGGCAACAAACCUGGCUGAAAAUGGGGACUUCUUGAGGAUGAAAGAGGAUGGGAAACUCAAUUUUGAUCCUUCUUUGCCGUCCUCAUUCCCAGAUGAUGAAAUGACAGUGGUCGGACCUGAGGAUAUAGCUGCUGUUGCUUCAUUCUGGUCAGGGAUCCCAGUUAAGAAACUUACAGCUGAUGACAGAAUGCUUCUGGUGGGUCUUAAUGAACAGCUGAAGAAACGAGUCAUUGGUCAAGAUGAGGCUGUAUCUGCCAUUUGUCGGGCUGUGAAGAGAUCCCGUGUUGGCUUGAAGGACCCAGAUAGACCGAUUGCUGCAAUGCUCUUCUGUGGCCCCACUGGUGUUGGAAAAACUGAACUCACCAAAGCUUUGGCAGCAACUUAUUUUGGUUCUGAGUCCGCCAUGCUAAGAUUGGACAUGAGUGAAUAUAUGGAGCGGCAUACUGUAAGCAAAUUAAUCGGAUCUCCCCCAGGUUAUGUAGGCUAUGGUGAUGGAGGUACUCUUACGGAAGCCAUCAGAAGACGGCCUUUCACUGUUGUGCUGUUAGAUGAGAUUGAGAAAGCUCACCCAGAUAUAUUCAACAUUCUCCUUCAGUUGUUUGAAGAUGGUCACCUAACAGAUUCUCAGGGUCGAAGAGUGUCAUUCAAGAACGCACUGAUAGUAAUGACCUCCAACGUGGGAUCUGCUGCCAUUGCGAAGGGUGGAAAAAACUCCUUUGGCUUUUUCAUUGAUGAAGAUAAAUCAACUUCAUAUGCUGGAAUGAAAGCUUUGGUGAUUGAAGAGCUGAAGGGAUACUUCCGCCCGGAGUUGCUGAAUAGAAUAGAUGAAGUAGUGGUGUUCCGUCCGCUUGAGAAACCUCAGAUGCUUGAAAUAUUGGACAUAAUGCUGCAUGAGGUGAAAGGGCGUCUCGCCACUUUGGGAAUCGGCUUGGAGGUAUCAGAAGCAGUCAUGGACCUGAUUUGCCAGCAGGGUUAUGACCGAAGUUAUGGUGCACGCCCUCUCAGGAGAGCCGUUACACUUUUGAUUGAAGAUCUCGUAAGUGAAUCUCUACUUUCUGGGGACUACAAGCCCGGUGAUAUUGCCAUAAUUCAUUUGGAUGAUUCUGGUAACCCAGUCGUAACUAAUCGAUCAAACCAGAGAAUCCAAUUAUCCGACGCAGCUUCCAAUUCAUAAAUAGCAGUAAGUGAUCCUAAGUUGUAUAUUCGAGUAAAUUUUUGUACAGAGAAUGUAAAUAAUGGAUUCAUGUAUGAUGAGGGCGUGUAUAGAAACCCUGUACGAUUCUUUGGAGCAUAAGCAGUAAAGCUGCCUACCGCAACACUUCAUAUAUCAUAUAUGUUUCUCCCGACCGUGUUAUUGGUAUA